GUUUGUGCAGGUAAUAAAGGUAAUUGUACAUUGCUGGGAGCGUCUACCGGUGCGAUAACAACCUCCACAUCACCAAGACAUCUAGAGACGUCUAGAGGCGAGAGACACUUGGACUGUACCCGUGAUACAUUGUGUAGUAUUUAACCACGAUGAUGAAGUUGAGUUUGGCCGUGUUGGUGUUGUGUAUGGCGGCCUGUACCGCAGACAUGUCCUAUGAAGUAAACACCACUAACACUUACGUGGAAUUUAUGACAAAAUCGCUAAUGGCCUCCAAACAGAGCAACAUUUCCAAAGACGAAAAUAAACUGACUGUAAUGUUCGCGGAUCUUCAGCAGGUCAAAGCUGAUAAUGCUACAAUUGCUGGCCUAAACAACACUCUGCCUGCAGCAAUGUUCACGUUUGGAAGUGAGACAGACGAGACUGCAGAGACUAACGUAAACAUUACUUUUAAGCGUCUGGUAGGCACUGCGCCUGUCUUUGAAGGAACGUUCAAGGUGAACAUUGAAUUGUUUACCAAGGGCGGUAACAUCGCAAUAGACGGGGAAAAUACGACAGUGAUGGAGGGAGACGUGAGAGUGGUUGUGGAGAUGGCGAACAUGACGUUUGCGGACACUGCUGCCACCUUGAAGCUGAUGCUAAACAUUAAAGGACCUGCCACCCCGGCAGCGUUGACACCUGCGGGGACAGAUGGGGUCGCCUACAAUCUCGGGGAUGGGGGCGCUGUCAGACUCUCCAAGAAGGUGAUGAAGGGCGCUGACUAUGAGGCUGUGACUCCGAUGAUGUCUGGUAACGACUUCAGCUUCAGCCUCCCUAAAGGUUCCCCCGUGAAAUACAGCUUCUUCCUCAAGCUGGCUGAUGCGAAGAUGGCUGAUGCGGAUGGUGAUGACCCCAGUGCUGCUGCUGCAGUCACCCCGCUCCUGGUCACGUGGGUCGUGGCCGCCGCCUGUAAACUUCUGUUUUAAUGCUUUACGGUCUUUGUCAGGCUCUCCGCCCAUCUGUCCCGUGCCUUACUUGAAUUGGGCGUUACUAGGAAACGGUUGAAAUAUAAGCUUUAAAUACAGCAAGUUAAACAAUGUUUUACGUCAUUUCCGUAUGCCCUGUGUAUCGUCGAAUACGUUUAUAUGCAAUGAUAACCCAAUGAUUUUUGACACGCCCUAAAAGGCCAGAUUACAUCUAGUAGUGCAAAGGUAGUGGCCUGUAUCUGUAUUUUUUUAAUGUGAGGUACUUGGUGUUCCGGAGGGAUGGAUAGAACACAGGCUGUAUCACGUGGUCAGUCAAGACACGAGUUGUCCAUCUGAUUUGUCUUUAGAGAACACAGUCGUGAUUAAUGUUGCCCUUGUAUGACAACAAGUAUUGUAUGUCUUUCAUGUUCUUUUCACAUUUAGUACCAUCCUCGGCACUGCAGGGACUUGUUUAUAUUCGUCUUGAUUAUAAGGAGUCUGCGUGUUUCAGCUGUGUGUUUGAGUAUAUCUGCUCCCAUGACGGACUAUGUACUCGAGGAGUCAGACACUAUGACAAUAACAGCUUGUUUGAAAUCCUGUAAAUGUAGCUUGUAGAUAGACAGACACAUAAACGUCAUCUUGUGAGUUGGGCAUAAUGCUUUGAAUGUGGUCACUGUUGAACCUCGUCAUGCCGAAAACGUUUCGGUAGGCACCUCGUUAAUUCGGAAACCUUUCUGUUCGGACGAUUCGGAAGGAAAGACAACUGUGGUUCCAGUGUGGGAGAUAUGGUCAUGAGUUCUGUGAAACUGCGAACUCCUCCUUGGUUUACUUCUAUUUCUUACUAAUUGCCCCCCCCCCCCCCUGGUCUUUCGAUAAUAUUGCAGUUAACAUUAAACACGAAUGGGUGAAAGCAACCUACAAUAUUGACACUAUAGAUCAUAAAUCUCACGGAGAAGAUCUCCUGUUGCGGUGUAUUUUAGGCUUAAUACACGUUAGGUUGUGGUAUGAAGCCACGGCAUCCUCAAUAUUACAAACCUGUUGAUUAUUAUUAGUUAUACGUUAACAAUUCAUAAACCACGUGAUUUUAUUUGUUCACCAUGUUUUGUUUUGAGUAUACACUUAUUUCUUAUGACCUUUCUACACCAAUAAACAUUGUAUAUACAAAUAA